AUGCUGUGGCUGAUCUUUCUGGCCCUACCCUGCCUGGAGAGCUCCUUGUCUAUGACCCCAGCCCCCAUCCCAGGGACUGAAUUUGUGGGCAUCGUUGGGGGCCAUGAUGCCCCACCCAAGAGAUGGCCCUGGCAGGUUAGCCUCCGAGUGUACAACAAGGAGCUUGGGUUGUGGCAGCACGUGUGUGGGGGCUCCCUCGUCCACCCCCAGUGGGUGCUGACCGCGGCCCACUGUCCUGUUCCGAUAGAAUUGGAGCCGAGUGCCUAUCGGGUGCAGGUGGGGCAGCUGAAACUCUACGACAAUGACCAGCUGAUGAAUGUGACUGAGAUCAUCCGCCACCCUAAGUUCAACCUCAGUCUGUCUGCCGAGGGAGGAGCAGACGUUGCCCUGCUGAAGCUGGAGACUUCGGUCAUGGAGUCUGACUAUGUGCGGCCUGUCACCCUCCCACCAGCCUCCCUGAUGGUGCCGGCCGGGAAGACGUGCUGGGUGACCGGCUGGGGCGCUGUCAAGCUGGGAGUGCCCUUGCCUGGGCCUUACAACCUCCAGGAGGUGGAGAUCCCCAUAGUGGGGAAUGAGGACUGUAACCAGCGUUACCUGAAUGGCUUCCCUUCAAACAAAACCAUCAAGGUCAUCCAAGAUGAUAUGCUGUGUGCUGGGAGCGAGGGCCGGGACUCCUGCCAGGGUGACUCCGGGAGCCCCCUGGUCUGCAGUUGGAGUGACACCUGGUUCCAAGUAGGACUGGUGAGCUGGGGUGACCGCUGUGGUCACCGCUUCCUCCCAGGGGUCUAUGCCCGGGUGAUGAGCUACGUGUCCUGGAUCCACCAGUACGUCCCCAGCUCCAGCUGGCACUAG